AUGCCUUUAAUUGCGACGAUUUUAGAUCCUCGAAUGAAAAAUUUCUCUUUUGCAAAUAGUUUUGACCCGAUUGGUGAAAAUGUUGAAGAGCAUUUAGCAAAUUUAAAUAAUGUUAGUACUGAGGAUAUAUUUGCAAAAAUAUGGGGUAAUGAUCAAAUACAAGAUGAUGAAGUUACCCGUUAUCUAUGCUAUCCUGAUGAACCAAAAAAUAUUGAUCCUUUGAUUUGGUGGAAAGGGCAUCAG